AAGUUGCCUCUUGCACACUAAUCAAAUGAAAUUACUAUGGAAAUUAUAAUGAGUUUUAUGAUCCUGAUUUGAUACUUUCUCAGAAGAGUUACCGGUAUGUCGAAUAAAAGAAGAGAUUGCCCGCCUUCGUCUGCAGCUCUAACUGCUGGUGCAUUCCAGGACCAUCUACUCCAUGAUCUAUCUAUUGGAGAUCUGUCUUUGGGCAAUCCAUUGAAGUCAUACUCUGGCUUAAAACAGAAGUUACGAACUGAUGAGAAAAAACGAAGGAAAGCCCUGCAGAAUGUGAAACCAACUGUUGACACAGGGAGAAUGAGAAGACCUGUCAAUCAAAAGCAUCAAGAAAAUGACGGAGAGCGGGAAUAUGUUUUGGACCCGAUACCAAAUCCAUCAUUGGCCCAGAAGCUUGGUCUUGUCUCCCAGCCUGACCAACCUUUGACAAGCGAAGAAUGGUCUUCAAUCAAACAACGCUCCAUUGCGCGAGAAGAUUUCAAGAAUCCUUGUGCAAUAUGUCAAGAAUAUUUCGCAAUAUCUGAUCAAGUUUUGUUGAGCUGUUCUCACGUUUUUCACAAGGCCUGUAUCCAAGCAUUUGAGCGAUUCACAGGAAAGAAGACUUGUCCAAUGUGUAGGAAGAUACAAUACCAAGCCAGGGUUGUUCAUGACGGCACAAGAGUCUACAAGGAGAAGGCUGCCAUAAGUAUACAAUCCUAUUGGCGAGGGUACGUCGUCCGCAAAUGGUAUUACAAGCUGCGUCGAACAGUGCCACCGCAUGACAAGAAGUUACGGCAACGAUUUUACGAAGAUAAACUUCAGGAAAUUACUGACCGCAUGGUGGCGAUGACGAGCACUGAAACGGUCGACCGAUUUUUACAAGAUAUUGAUAACUCUAUUGCUUCAAGCAGGGCCAUAUUCCAACAUUUUGAGGAUUCCUGUCUCCACCGGCUCUCAGAUGAGGAUUGGAUCAAUAUUGAAGUCAAAGCAUUUGAGAGAAAUGACACGGAUUGCCCGAUAUGUUUAAGGGCAUUGAGGUACCAGGAAAAUGAUGCGACUGAUAAAAAAACAGAAAACAAUUCCCCACAAGCGUCUUCAAGCACCAGCAACUAUAAGAACCGUUCUACAUCUUCAAAAUUAUGCAGAUCAGACCAACAAAAACAAAAGUCAUCACAACAAAAUUCCAAAGCAACCAAGGUAGACACCAAACCAAUACCAAGAAAUACCAAACCAUUGAAUUCAAGCUCUGACUUUAACCAAAGUGAACAUAGACCGCUUCAAAGUAGUUCCAAAUCCCCCAAAGAAGUUUUUCUUUCUCUUUUAUCUUGUUCUCAUGUGUUCCAUGCCAAGUGUUUAGAAGCAUUGGAAGAGUUCUACAUUAUGGAAAAUAUGGAUGGUACAAAGAAUUAUGGGAGUUCUCCCACAAUGCAACAAGGGUUGGAUUUCAAAUGCCCUGUUUGCAGGGCUCUAUAUGUGAAACAUAUCUUAAAUUGAGUUUCAAAAAAGAGAUGAAUUAUUUGAAAUUGCGGUUAAAACAUUAUAGCUGAAAGAAGCAGUACACUGGCUUACACAUAAUUGAAUUGCCCCAAAUUUGUUGGCAUGCUGCAAAAUUUUGAUGCAGAAUAAAAGCACCAAGAGGAGGCUACAGGUAUUAUUUGCCCAUGAACCUAAAAUUUGUAUUGAACUCAAGAAAUGAUGAAUACUGGGUUUAAAACAUUAGUAUUUCACUUUGUCCAUAAACUUCGCCUGAGGUGCCUUAGAGAACAAGUCUAAUAUUCAAGGAACAAAUAACUGAAAAACUAAUUUCAUACCCGACAUAGACUGGUAAACAGACGAGAGGCCGUGGUUCACCAUAUGAUUAAGCAAUACUAUCGGCUUCCUUCUCCCAUCUGGAUAAAUAUGUAAAAUCCUAUUCGAAACCCUGUUGCUCAGUCAAUGCCAUACGGAUGUGUAUUGUUGGGUUGAAUUUAAUAAUUUAAAGCAUUUCAAUUAGCAAAUGACAGGGGUCGGUGUAGGUCUCAUUGCGCUCUGAUUUAACUCCGUUUCGUAAAGGCAGAUUCUUGAAAUUUUUGAAUAACUGUUUUGCUUUAUUUUUCUCCACUGUAUUAUUUCCUCAAUUAUCUUCACAUUAUUCAUUGAUCACUGUGCGUUUAAUGGUUCAAAAUGAGAUGUUGUGAAUUAUUUACCUCCAAUCGAACACUGCUGUUUGGACUUUUGGCACAACUAUUCCCGAAUAUAAAUAUUUAUUUUUUGAUUUGUCUUAAUUUUUUGAAUAUAUAUAUCUCUCUUAUCAUCA